CUCGGAUUCGGAGUCGCAGGAAGAUGCACUGAGCACUCAAGAAACUGAGAAAGUUUUGAGAAGCAAACGUUUUGAAAGUUUGAACUAAGGAGACUGCAUGAGAGGGGGUUGCACAGUGGACGCGGGAGGUUCACGUGCUCAGUGACCUGCAUGAGGGCAUUGGUGGCUCUUCAGGGUCUCCUGUUUAAUGUGCUGUCUGGAAAGUGGGCUUUAAAAUACGUGGGCGCAGUAGUGGCAUUGUCAAGGGCUUUCGCUGUUACUUUGUGCCUGCACUAAGAGCCGUCUGCUUUGAAGAGCAGCAUUUCCCACCUACAGCCCCUAAACUUUUCUUUCCUGCUUCAUAACCCUAGAAAAACCACUGAGAUUACGCGUCCACAUUAGGGUUUGGUACCUGACCCCCAAAUAAGAAGCACAAAGGACCCCAUACACCGACAGCAUUAGGGUUAGGUCUUGCCGGCCCCCAUGCUGGAGCCUCAGAGAUGCUGUGCUCACUGAGAGCCAUUAGGCCUGCCCAGCUCCGACAGGCCCUCCUGGGGGCCUUGACACAACUUUCCCCGCCGGCUGAGGGUCCAGCCCACAUGCCGGCCUUGUGUCAAAGUAGGGGCGGCGUGGAGAACUCAGCAAGGCAAUGCCAAGAAGCUUCUGCAGCUGGGGGGGCAACCCAGGCAACUUUUGACACCAACCAAAAGGAAGGGGCUUCAGGGAGUCACAGAAGGUCAUUUUCUAUGGGCAGAGUUUUCUCUGUCUCAGCAAACGGUGUCAAAGAACCAAAGGUCCAGAAUGGGCGGAGGCGGCAUACUGUGGCGGAGGCAGAGGCAGCCGUGUGCGGGGGGGCUGAGGGGGAGCAGGCAAAGAGCGCAACCGCAAUGAAGCUGCGGGAAAGCGGACUCUCAUCUCGGAUCCCGCUCUUCCAGCACCUGCCGCAGUACGUGAAAAUUGUAGAAGUAGGGGCCCGCGACGGUCUCCAGAACGAGAAAACGCACGUCCCAACUGUGGUGAAGGUGGAGCUCAUCGAGCGCCUCGCGGAGGCGGGCUUGCCCGUGGUUGAAGCCACCAGCUUUGUAUCUCCAAAGUGGAUUCCCCAGCUCGCCGACCACACCGAGGUCCUCCGCGCACUUCGCUUCGGGGGCGACACGCGCUACCCGGUUCUGACCCCCAACCUGAAAGGCUUCGAAAGGGCCGUUCAAGCGGGGGCUAAGGAAGUCGCCGUUUUCGCGGCCGCUUCCGAGUCCUUCUCUAAGAGCAACAUCAACUGCUCGAUCGUCGAGAGCCUCGAGCGCUAUUCCGCCGUGUGCCGAGCGGCAAAAUCCGCCGGAAUUCCGGUCCGGGGCUACGUCUCGUGCGUCGUCGGGUGCCCGAUCGAGGGCGCGGUGGCCCCCGAGAAAGUCGCGGAGGUCGCCGAGAAAUUGUAUAACAUGGGUUGCUACGAGAUCUCCUUGGGGGACACGAUCGGCGUCGGGACGCCCGGCUGCGUCGUCCCGAUGCUCGAAGCCGUCGCAAAACGGGUGCCGACCGCGCGGCUUGCGGUGCAUUUCCAUGAUACGUACGGGCAAGCGUUGGGGAACAUUCUAGUUGCGCUCCAAAUGGGCAUCAACGUGGUGGAUUCGUCGGUGGCCGGGCUGGGGGGUUGCCCGUACGCGAAGGGCGCGUCGGGGAACGUGGCUACGGAGGACGUCGUGUAUAUGUUGAACGGGUUGGGGAUAAAAACGAAUGUAAAUAUUGAGAAAGUGAUAGAGGCCGCCAAGUUUAUCAGUCAGCAUGUUGGGAAGCGGCCGGUGUCAAAGGUCACGCAGGCUGUACGGGGUUCAGAAUUAGAAUCAAGGCUCUAAGAGAACUUGCUUUGACUUGGCCUGUAGGACACAGACUUAACUUAGACGAUGGCAAGGGACCCUCUUCAAAGGUGGUGUGUCUGCUAGUAAACGUUGUCCUCAAUAGGCCGAUUGGGCUCAACUUAUCGUGAACAUGCGGUCCUCUCAUUCAGAUGGUCGUAUCCGAGAGUUUGAUCGAACUGAGUCUCUUGAGCUUGUAGCGUGUUGCACGUGAUUCCAAGCAGCCGUCUGGGGCCUGCAGGGGAAAGUUGAUCUAGAUCGUUGCCGUUCGAUCCACCCGCCUGCCAAUCAUAUCUGUUUUGAAUUAAUCUACCACUAGGUACUGCAAGACAAGUAGCCAAGCUAUGCAAUCCGAAGCGUUUAGGCCGCCCUAUGUACAGAGAGCUGAACCACGACCGUAUACUAACGCGCGAGUGUAUAUACGUAGUUUGGUAAAUUCAUG